AUGGCUUCGACGCAUGUAUCUGGUCUGCAAGAAUUGAAUGAGGCGUAUCUGUAUUUCAUGGAUGUGAGUGAAGACGUUCUGAAAGCUAGGAAAAAUAUGUCGACUGUUUCGACCCAAUUAGAAUUAGCGACUGUGAGAAGGCUUGAACAUUAUUUGCGAGCUGAAAAUAUUCUUUUGCGUAUUUUCAAAAACGCUGGGGAAAUUUUUGAGGAGGAAAAAUUGAAUGCUAGGGCGCAGAAUAGGGAAGUUCGAGAGGUCAUUCUGUGUGUUAAUCCUCGCGAUAAAGAGGAUGACGAUGCAAAACGCUUCAAAUUUCAGCGACGUCAAAGUGCGGCAGUCAAAUCGGGCAUGCAAUAUCCUCGCAACGAAACCGUUGCCGGAGUAUACGUGGGCGAUAGACCGCCAUGUUAUUACGACGUCGAGUUCGCUGUGAAGCCGUUGCAAGAAGAUGCGGCUCGCCCGUACCGAGAGGUCAAUGUUUUGAGAAGUUCGUUAGAUCUUAUGAUGUAUCCGCUCAUCCACCUUCACGGAGAGCAGGCCUUGCAACAAAAAGAUCAAGACAAGGUCCAUUCCUUACGAGAAUAUUAUUGUGUUAGACUUCUUUCGGAUUCGGCGUCGCUGGAUAGCGUACGGUAUUGGAACGUACUGGAGCACGUAGGGAAAUUACGCCUGCAGUAUUUUCUUGAUGCGGGCGUAAAAAUUGAAUACAAUAAUGUAAAUUGGGCGAUAGGAAAUCAAAGGCACAUGCGCGCAGAAACCUAUGCCAAUCUUAAAAGCUUUUUAUUGCAAGAAGCCGCUAGGAGAGGCUUGGGGGUUUCGGGGCAGCAGUCGGUCGGUAAAAUCGUGGUUUUACCACCCACCAUUCCAGGGUCUCGUAGAUAUUAUUAUAAUGGGUACAUGGAUUGUAUGGCCCUUUGUAGGAAAUUGAAAAGGCCUUCAACUUAUUUGUUGACUUUUACUGCAAAUCGGCAGUGGGCGGAAAUUACCGAGGAACUUCAACGGCUCGGUAAGGGAACUGAUGAUGUUUGCAAUUUUCCUGAUAUUGUGUGUAGGGUUUUCGAGCAGAAGUUGAACAGUUUAAUGCGAGACUUGCUGACAAGGCAAAUUCUUGGGAAAGUCGAGGCUUACGUGACCAUAGUUUUCCAGGACAAAUUUCAAAAACCCAAUUAG